GUGGGUUGGGUUUGAUGUGGUUUAUGAGGCGAUGUUUAUGCAAGAAAGGUGAUCGAAGGAAGAAAGAAGUAGAUAAGACUAUUGAUUCAAUGAUUAAUGUUGCAUUUGAGAGAGAGAGUGGGCCUAGGAAGUUUCCUUACAGUGUACUCGAGGGUGCUACAAAAAAUUUUAUGGAGGAGAGGAAACUUGGCGGAGGAGGAUUUGGGGAGGUAUACAGAGGGGUGCUGCAUGAUUCACAGCUUGAGGUGGCCAUUAAAAGGAUCUCCAGGGGUUCAAAACAAGGGACCAAAGAGUACAUAUCAGAAGUAACGAUCAUAAGCCGGCUAAGGCACCGCAACCUUGUGCAACUCAUAGGCUAUUGUCAUGAGAGAGGUGACCUGCUGCUUGUUUACGAGUACAUGCCAAACAAAAGCCUUGAUUACCAUUUAUACAAAAAGACAAGAUUGCUCUUAUGGCCGGAGAGGUACAAAAUAGCUCUAGGUUUAGCAUCAGCGUUGCUGUAUCUUCAUGAAGAGUGGGAGCAGUGCGUCAUCCACAGAGAUGUAAAGCCAAGCAAUUUGAUGCUAGAUUCAGGAUUCAAUGCUAAACUUGCUGAUUUUGGAUUGGCAAGGCUCGUGGACCAUGAUUCCAACCGAGAAACAACAGUUUUGGCCGGGACCAGGGGAUAUAUUGCACCGGAGUAUGCUAUUACAGGGAAAGCUAGUAAGGAGACUGAUGUUUUCAGCUUUGGAGUAGUUAUAUUAGAAAUUGCAAGCGGUAGAAAGCCAUCUGAAGUGGAGAAAGAUGAUCAAGUGAAUUUGGUGGAGUGGGUUUGGGAACUUUAUGGGAAUGGAAGAUGUUUGGCUGCAGCAGACCGAAGAUUAGAGAUGGAAUUCGAUGAGCAACAAAUGGUGUACUUGAUGGUUGUGGGACUAUGGUGUGCUCACCCUGAUAGAGAUCAAAGGCCGACCAUGAGGCAAGCAAUCAAUGUACUUAAAUUCGAUACCCCAUUGCCAGCUUUGCCACCCAAUAUGCCCAUUCCAAUGUUUCAUUCUCCUCCAAGAAAUGUGCCUGCUCCUUCAAAUUCUGAUAGCUGCCCCAUAAUUUCAAACACAACUCUGAUGGGCCGUUGAAGGAUGGUGAGUCAUGUUAGAAAAGUUUAACAAUAGUAUAACGUUGCCAAUCAUAGCAGUGAUUUAUAAUUCAACUAUAUAAUUAGGAAAUUUUUGUUUUUGAUAGGUGUUUCAUUAUAUGAUCGGGUGUUGUAUGUCUUUGCAUGAAAAGCUUGAAAUAUAAUAUAUUUAAAAUCUCCUGCAUAGGAAGCUGUAAUGAUAAUUCUAGUCAAGAACAUGUUAUUUUGAUAUGCUUAUCUCAAGGUUCAUGUAAUAAAGUAUUCAGUUUUGCUUUGGUACCUUAA